AUGGCUCAUCUGGAUGAAGCAGCCCGCAGGUUGUCCAAAACUGGGACAAGUCUCUAUGCAGUGCUGGAGCUUAAGAAGGGUGCCUCACCUGAAGAUAUCAAAAAGGCCUACAGCCAUUCCCCAUCUCCUCCCUACCCUCCUUUUGGGUAUUGCCUGGGUAGGAGACUGGCCUUGCAGUAUCAUCCAGACAAGAAUCCAGGGAACCCUCAAGCAGCAGAAAUCUUCAAAGAGAUCAACACAGCCCAUGCUAUACUGAGCGACCCUAAGAAGCGGAAAAUCUAUGACAAGCAUGGCUCAUUGGGAAUAUACCUGUAUGAUCACUAUGGGGAAGAAGGAGUCACAUACUAUUUUACACUGAAUAGUUGUUGGUUCAAGACACUUGUCCUCCUGUGUACCCUGCUCACUUGUUGUUGUUGCUGCUGCUGCUGCUGUUAUUGCUGUGGAACCCUGCAACCACCUCCUGAGGAGGCGAACAGGAGGAAAUAUCAACAGAAUGUCCGUACUCAGCCUGGGAGAGCAAGUGAGGACCUUAGGCUAGGACUGAGGUCAGAUCUGGUUCAGGAAUGA